GCUAGAUUCUUCCAAUUCCAUAGAAAGAAAAAUGCGAAUAUGUCUCAAAAAAAUUAAAACAUACACAAUGUGGAGUAGGUGAUAACUAUUUAAUAGCUUUUUCUUAUUCCUCAUUAGUAGGUUUCUAUCAAACAUGAUAUAGAAAGCACCAUAAGCAAAAGUGAUGCUUGCCAUAUGGUACGUAAUAAUAAAGAGACAAGGACAGUUAUCACAAGAAAUAAGAGUGGGUAAAGACUAAAAGCCCAAACAAAUAACAAGUUAUUCACACUGGCAACAAAACUCUGAUCAUGGUGCAUGCUUUAACAGAUGAUGAAAAUUACCAAAGAUCACUAGGCCAAAAGCAGCAGCUUGAUGUGGAGGACAAUAUGCAAACUCCAAAUGUCCAUACAUAAUGAAAAGGUUAGCCAAUGUAUAAACAAGCUUAAUUUACCAAAAUGAAACUGAAUUUGAAUUUAGAAAAUACCUACUUGGACUUCAAUGUAACAUAUGUGACCAUGCAAUCUUUUAUACAGGUCAGCCUUCAGUGUCAAUACUGUUGAGUAGACCAUUCCUUAACUAGUUUGUUUAACCCAGUCAACAAUCAGGUAACAUGUUUUGAUUGUUGAUACAUAUAAAUUCUCACUACCCAACUGCUCUUCUCACCAAAAAUGAUUGACUCAUAACCUCCCCAUCAUAUAAAUUCUCCCCCUUUUUAGAAAAUUGAAUAUGAUUCAGAAGAAUCUAGGGCAAUAAACGAAGAAAUAGGAAAAAAAUGAAAAUGGAUAGCAAUAAAAAGAGAUUAAAGAGGGAAUUCAAAGAGAAAAUGAAAGAAAAAAAAAUGUACAUAGAGUAAAGAGAAGUAUGUUUGAAGGGUACAUGAUCUGACUUGAAGGGUAUAUAUGUUCUUCACCAUGUAAUUCCAGUAUAUUCUCAUGUUUUACUAGAUAGAUAAACGAGAAAUCAUUCAAGAGAAACACAUACAUCAAACAAUCAACAGGAAAAAAAAGGGUUUAGUAAU